ACGCAGUAUACAGUAAGAUAGUGAGCUCAGCUCACGUGGCAAAGAAUUAUCGAGACGAAUCGAGACCUUUUAGUUUUCUUAGAAACAAGAUGAGCACUGAAGUAGAUAAAUUGAAAUCUAAAGGUAACUUGGCACUGAAGGAAGGCAAAACUGAUGUUGCUAUUGAGCUAUACACUGAAGCUAUUGAAUUAGAUUCAUCAAAUCACUUGCUCUACAGUAACAGAUCUGCUGCUUAUGCUAGUUUAAAGAAAUAUGAUGAAGCACUAGCAGAUGCUAUGAAAACAGUGGAACUCAAACCAGAUUGGGCAAAGGGUUACUCACGGGCUGGAGCUGCCUUAACUUAUCUUGAGAAGUACAGUGAAGCUGAAGAAAUGUAUUACAAAGGGCUGGAACAAGAACCAAACAAUGACCAACUCAAAAAAGGACUACAGGAGUGUCAAGAUAAGAAAAAAUCAGAGCUCAAUCCUUUCAAAUCUAAAGAGUUGUUUGAGAAACUUAAAUCAGACCCAAAAACAGCUCCUUAUAUGAGUGACCCACAGUUUGUGAAAGGACUUGAGGAAAUUGGUCAGAAUCAACAAGCUUUGUCGAGAUACAUGCAUGACAAACGAUAUAUAGAUGCUCUUGGAGUGAUGUUAGGAGUUGAUCUUACUACUGUAACAAAUGAUGACACUGAUCCACUGAUUAAGAAAGCCACUCCUCAGUCCCAAAACGAACAAUCAGCAACAGCUGAGUCAAAAAAGAGGAAAGAGGAAUCAAAAAAACCUGAGAAAAUGGAAGUUGAUGAAAGCGAUUCUACAAAAAAGGCAGUAGCAGAGAAAGAGAAAGGCAAUGCUGCAUACAAGAAAAAAGACUUUGUCACAGCACUCCAGCAUUAUGAUAAUGCAAUUGAGCUUGAUCCAGACAACAUUACUUUGCUAACAAAUAAGUCGGCUGUAUAUUUUGAGCAAGGAGAAUUCGAUCUGUGCCUAAAAACAUGUGAAGCAGCUAUAGAGAAGGGUAGAGACACUAGGGCAGACUAUAAAUUGAUUGCAAAAGCCUACACUCGUAUGGGUAAUGUGUAUUUUAAACAAGAAAAAUGGUCUGAUGCUAUCAAGUUUUAUGAUAAAUCUUUGACUGAGCAUAGAACUCAAGACGUAGUUGCCAAAAAGGCAGAAGCACAGAAGUGUUUGAAAGAAGAGGAAAAGAGAGCAUAUAUAGAUGUAGAUAAAAGUUUGGAAGAGAAACAGAAAGGAAAUCAAUUGUUCCAACAAGGUGAAUUUUCCCGUGCAAUCCAGCACUAUAAUGAAGCAAUAAGGCGGAACCCUGAUGAUGCCAAAAUUUUUAGCAAUAGAGCUGCUUGUUAUCACAAACUAGCUGAAUGGCCUUUAGCACUCAAGGACUGUGAUGAAUGUAUAAGACUAGCUCCUGAUUUUGUGAAGGGUCAUUUAAGGAAAGGUCAGGCUCUCUUAGCCAUGAAGGAGACUGCAAAAGCAAUGGCAGCAUUCAACAAAGCAUUGGAAUUAGAUCCUGAUAAUGCGGAUGCUAAGGAUGGUCUCAGAAAGUGUUAUUCUCAAGAUGAUCCUGAAACACGUCGUAAACAUGCAAUGCAAGAUCCUCAAAUACAGCAAAUAAUGGGUGAUCCUGCUAUGCAACACAUCCUUAGACAAAUGCAAGAGAACCCUGGAGCUAUCAAUGAUCAUUUGAAGAAUCCUGAAAUUGCAGCUAAGAUAGAGAAAUUAAUGGAAGCAGGAAUUAUUAGCAUUAGACAUGCAUAAGUGUUCUUUGAAAAUGGACAUGAGCUAUAAUACUAUUUGUUAAUGCUAGACUUGUUUUGAAUCAAUAAUUUGUGUGCAGUAAUGAAGAUUUUGUGAAUCAUAGUUCAAAAAAUUAA